GACAUAAAACGGAAGAAGAAGAAGAAAUUAACCAGUUUUCACUCAAAUAACUCACGAAGAAAAGCUCCGUAGAAAAGUUUAUUUGUUAAAAUGGCUGAUCAUUGUUAUCAUGCUCGUGAAGAACAGAAAGCACAACAUGAAUCGUUCUCGGCAAAGAAAAGGAAACGUGAUGAAACUAAAAGACAUCGUGAUACACAGCGACAGAAAAGUCGUGUAAACAUCGGCGUUGCCUUUCCUAGAUGGAAACAGCUGAUGAUGGACAAACAUUUUCAAAGUAACGCCGAGGUUGCCUGCUUUCUUUUGGACAGAAAGGACAAUCUUAACAAACACCUGUCAUGUGAUCAUCUUGGAACAGCCUGUCAGCAGCACCAGUCAGGUCUCACAGCAGUGGUUCCUGCUCAWGUUGAAAAGAUGGUGCUGAUUAAAGAAGAAGCUCCUGAAGAAUGGAGGCCUGGUGUGGACCAGCUGGACCCAGAAGCCCUCAACAUAAAAGAAGAAGAAGAGGAGGAACCUUGGAGCAGACUGGAGGGAGAGCAGCUGAAUGUGAAGGAGGAGACUGAUGUCAGCAGGUUUUCAGUCACUGCAGUUACCUUGAAGAGUGAAGAUGAUGAAGAGAAGCCUCUGUUGUCUCAGCUUCAUCAGCACCAAGUGGAGGACAGAGAUCUUCCAAGCAGCAGCUCAGCUGAUGGAGAGGACUGUGGAGGAGCAGAAACUAGCAGGAACCCAGAUCUACAGACUCACAAAGACCAUUCCAGCUCUUCAGAGACUGAACUCAGUGAGGAUUAUGAAGAGGACCAGGAUGUGGACGAUCAACACAACAACAAAAACAGAGGAAUAAAAAAUGGAGAGACCUACAGGAAUGUUCAGACCGAAGAAAAACAGUUUCUUUGUGAUGUUUGUGGACAAAGAUUUAACCAUGAGUCACGUAUAACCUCCCACAUGAGAAUCCACACUGGAGACAAACCAUUUCCCUGUGAAGUUUGUGGUCAGAGGUUUAGCCAAAAAAAUAGUUUGAACAGACACAUGAGAAUUCACACUGGAGAAAAACCAUUCCCUUGUGAUGUUUGUGGACAAAGGUUUAGGCAAAAGUCUACUUUAAACUUGCAUGUGACAAUCCACACAGGAGACAAAGCAUUUACCUGUGAUGUUUGUGGACAGAGAUUCAGCCGAAAGUAUUAUAAAGACACCCACAUGAGGAUUCACACUGGAGACAAACCAUUUCCAUGUGAUAUUUGUGGGCAAAGAUUCAGCCGAAAGUCUUAUAAAGACUCCCACAUGAGGAUUCACACUGGAGACAAACCGUUUUCUUGUGAUGUUUGUGGACAAAGUUUUAGCCUUAAGACGAGUUUAAACGCCCACAUGACAAUCCACACUGAAGACAAACAGUUUCCCUGUGAUGUUUGUGGACAAAGAUUUAGCCGAAAGUAAAACGUAAACUCCCACAUGAGUAUUCACACAGGAGAAAAGUGUUCAGCUGUAAAAAAAAAAACACAGCAGCUCCUAAAGAUCCACAUGAGGUCACACAGAACUGAACACAAACAGUUCCAAUGUUUAUUUAAUAGUUUAUGUAGUGAGAAAAUACAAUCUCAGAUGUCAGUUACUGUUCUGUGUAUUUUGUAAAUUUUUAAACAUUCCUGAUAUGUCACAUAUAGAUCAGACUGUUUUACAUUAUGUAAUGUCAAAAAGUAUGAAGUAUAGUUUUUAGUCCUAUUUUAUAACUGACUGUAAAUAAUUCAGUAGGAAUUCAGCUUUUUUCAGCUUUUUUAAAUGCAUCGUAGUCCCUCCCACUCCCAGCUUGAAGACCCGCCCCCUUCACUGCUCGUCCACCAAACUGUCUGAAUUUGUGUUUCAGAGAAAGGACAACGGCAGCUGACAGAGAAGGAUUGGUUCAAAAGAGGGAUAAAAUGCAGAUGGAAUAAAGUUUAUUUGCCAUAAAAA